AUGAAUAUUGAUGUUAUGCGUAGUUAUUUUAAAGUCAAUAACUGUUCAGAGCGUCCCUUGCCAGGAUGGAGAUUGAAAAGGUAUACAGAAUUCAACAGACUGUACCCAAACUUAGACGUUACUGAACAAAACGUGGUUGACCGAAAGGAUAUAAUAGUAAAGAAUAAGUACCUUUCUGAUGUUGAGAUAGGUCACAUACGCAGACAAGUGGGGAACAAGCUUGGUUAUGCUGAGACAAUUGCCGAUAUAAAUGGAGAUCCUAAUGAAGUGGCAGGUGGAUUAAACCAAGAUGGUCAAUUCCAGAAUGCAACACCGACGGAAGACGAAGCUCACACUACUUUCCUUAGCUCUUUAUAA